GAAACGUGCUCGCACUUGGUGGACCAGUCUACUCCGCGCUGACUCCGGUAGUGUGACCUGUGACAGUGAUCGUCCAUACACCCCCCUUUCCCUCCCUCUCUUCUCGCGCUGGUCGGUUCGGACUCCUGCUCUCCCACCCACUUUAACUCUCUCCUCCCGCGUGCCCUUUCAGGCGGCACGCACCCUCCGCACUCCGGCGAUCGACAAGGUUACGCAAGGCAGUCGCUAGCAACGUGGUCGUCGAGGUGGACCCGGCCGUGACUGAACAAAAUACCGUGUAGUUGCCGCUAUUAAUUGUGUCGAGUGGUUCAAUCUCGCUCCGGACUCCGCUCCCCUUAACACACGCCGUCCUCUCCUCGCUUUCCGUCCCGUUUCGAGAUCGCGGUCUACGCGAAUCGGAGAUCCAUGAAUUCGUCACUGCGAUCCAGAUAGAGUGAUGAACGUGAUCUAGAUAGGCUCAUAGAACAUGAUCCGAAUGGACUGAUGGACCCGCCUGGUGGCGGGCACGAUGAGCGAACUUCCGUUGUUAUGUCGUUUGCCGCGUUUCGCCAAGUACGAUGAUGCAUAGUGCCAAGUUCAUCAUGUGAGACGGCGCGGUUGAAGAUAAUUGUGGGUAAAUUAAUUCUUGAUGUUGAAGAGAUCUUCUUAGCAUGAGUCUAUUCAAGCAUGCACUUACUGGCCUUUGAUACUCGCGAUUAAAUAUGCGCUCUACAUUGAAUGAUCUAGAUGUCACGUUUCGUGAACGCUUUUUGAUCUUGCCAGUCAAAGACUUUCCUUCACGUUCAAAGAUCGCCUUCGGAUGAAACAGUAAUCAGACUUGUAAUUAAAAAGAAAUGCGGUGAAAGAUCUUACGAUUUCAUUCAUAUCGUACUCUGAAGUUUUUUAAUCGUUUUCCGUCCUCCUCCAAUUUUGAUCUUUGACCAAGAGACUUUGUAGUUGAAGACUUAAAGAUUUUUUAAAGAAGUGGAAACUAGGUUGGUAACCGAUGGAAUGCCGUAGACCCGUCUGCUACCCAGGAAAUUACAAAAAAAACUUGCAUCUUUAUUUGUCCGAUGCUCUAUUUCUCAUAUUUGUAUUUGACGUUUCCUCUUUCUUGGUCGUUUUUCCCGUCCUUGAAUGCGUCUCGACACAGAACUCCACCGGAUACGCUCGGUGAAAGUAAUGGAAAAACGUGGUCGAAGGUGGACCCGUCUGGCGGCAAGAUCGAAUGGCCUUGUGGCGAUCAUUGAUUGAGCAAUCGUGUGAGUGAAUCUUCCGGAUCUCUCUUCGUCUUCCUAAAAAAUACUUUGUCGCGACGGAUGAAGAAGCAUACGAAUCAGCUCGUAACAAAAAUAUUUUCUUUAUGUGUACAUAAAAUUGGAGAGACUUAUUUUCGCAUACGUUAAUUAAAAUACGUUUAGAAAGAUUAAGACGGGAUCAAAGCAGCCUUGAAGAGACUCACGCUUCGCGGUGGACUCGUCUGAAUUCGUCCCGGAACAGAUUUUCCAAGCGACAUUACGCGUUACGUCACGGUCGCGUGACAUCAUCGAAGCGGAGCGUUUUCUCUCCCUUCCUCUCUCUCUUCCGAUCCAUUUGUCCCACCCGGACUUUCCAUCUACGAACGCCGGAAGAAAGGCAAGAAUUUUGUCAUCGGAUCAAACUGUUAAAUAACACACACUCGCACAAAGUGAUCGUUACGAGACCAUUUGGAAUUACGGUGGUUGAUCUGUGCUCUGUUUCGCGCUCGAUUACCCCGUCUCGUCGAUCUGUGGGCGGAUUUCGAAAGUGGAGGUUUUGUCGCGCACGUUUCCGGGCGCAAUGGAAUACUCGGACGGCAGCGUCGUCGUCGCCGCCGCCGCCGCCGUCGCCGCCGCCGACCCGGCCGUCGUCGCUGAGAGACAUGUGACAGUGCGUGGUGACAGUGAACGGUACCGCUAAUAAGUGGACGCGCGGUUAAGGUCCUGCGACGCGUGUGUGGGUGGCACACGCACUGGGCCUCUCGGUGGUGGUUAGACGCAACAUGCGGGAAGAGGACUCACCGCUCCGGACUGCUCCCCCUGCGAAAAAGCGACAAAGAGGCCGCCUCCAUGCAACAUGCAGAUGAUCCUGGUUGCUGGCGGAUCGCUGCCGAAGCUCAGCAGCCAGGACGAGGAUGGGACGAACCCCCACACCCAAUACACAGGCGUCACACACUUCGAGCCCAUACCGCACGAUCAUGACUUUUGCGAGAGGGUCGUCAUCAACGUGAGCGGGCUACGGUUUGAGACACAGCUGCGUACGCUGAACCAAUUUCCGGACACGCUGCUCGGCGAUCCGACACGGCGGCUCCGAUACUUCGAUCCGCUGCGCAACGAAUACUUCUUCGAUCGCAACCGACCCUCCUUCGAUGCCAUACUCUAUUACUAUCAGAGCGGUGGCCGCCUACGCCGCCCGGUCAACGUCCCGCUCGAUGUCUUCUCCGAGGAGAUCAAGUUCUACGAGCUGGGCGAGAUGGCCACCAACAAGUUCAGGGAGGACGAGGGCUUCAUCAAGGAGGAGGAGAAGCCGCUGCCGUCGCACGAGUUUCAGAGGAAAAUCUGGCUGUUGUUCGAGUACCCGGAGAGCUCGCAAGGCGCCCGGGUGGUCGCCAUAAUCUCCGUGUUCGUGAUCCUCCUGUCGAUCGUGAUCUUCUGCCUGGAGACGCUGCCCGAGUUCAAGCACUACAAGGUCUUCAACACAACGACGAACGGCACGAAGAUCGAGGAGGACGAAGUGCCGGACAUCACGGACCCGUUCUUCCUAAUAGAGACUAUUUGUAUCAUCUGGUUCACGUUCGAGUUAUCAGUGCGCUUCCUCGCCUGCCCAAACAAAUUCAACUUCUUCCGUGACGUAAUGAACAUCAUUGAUAUCAUCGCGAUCAUUCCGUACUUCAUCACCCUCGCCACGGUGGUGGCCGAGGAGGAGGACACGCUGAACCUACCGAAGGCGCCGGUAAGCCCGCAGGACAAGAGCACGAACCAGGCGAUGUCCCUGGCGAUACUCAGGGUAAUCAGGCUGGUCAGGGUGUUCCGGAUAUUCAAGUUGUCCAGGCACAGUAAAGGCCUCCAGAUCCUCGGGCGGACUCUCAAGGCCUCCAUGAGGGAACUCGGGCUGCUCAUCUUUUUCCUCUUCAUCGGUGUGGUGCUAUUCUCGUCGGCGGUUUACUUCGCGGAGGCCGGCUCCGAGAAUUCGUUCUUCAAGUCCAUUCCGGACGCGUUCUGGUGGGCCGUUGUCACGAUGACGACCGUGGGCUAUGGUGACAUGACGCCCGUGGGAGUCUGGGGGAAGAUCGUGGGCUCGUUGUGCGCGAUCGCCGGUGUCCUAACGAUCGCCCUGCCUGUCCCCGUAAUCGUCUCCAAUUUCAACUACUUCUAUCAUCGUGAGACUGACCAGGAGGAGAUGCAGUCGCAGAACUUCAAUCACGUGACCAGCUGUCCAUAUCUUCCUGGCACUUUAGGUCUGAAGAAGAUCUCGAUGUCCGAGUCCUCGUCGGAUAUAAUGGAGCUGGAGGAGGGUACUCUGUUCACUCAUCCGGAGAUUACUAAGAAGUCAAAUUGCAACCCUCGCCACAAUAAUAAUAUCAAUCCAGCCUGCAUGAGCAUCGAGACUGACGUCUGACUACUAGUGAAGGAGACGGUGGCAGCGUGGUGGCCGUUGCUGGGCCAGUUGUUGAAAAGCAACUGCUGCUCCUUGCGGUGCCUGACGUAGGCCUCCUUCACACGUCGUCGUAGUCGUUAGCGGCUGGCGCCCAGCGUGUCGCCCGCCAGCCUGUCCAGCCAGGUCCAUCAGUACGAGGGGCGUCUCGGGGGUCAGGAUCGCGAUCAGGGAUUAACAGGGGAACCGCGAUCCUCCGAUCAGGUGCUUCUUCCAUCCGGGACGGGUUGCGAGAUACGGAAGAGAGGUGGGGUGGGCCCAGAGUGUGCGAGAGAGAGAGUGUGUGUGUGUGCGAGAGAAAGAAAGAGAGAGAGAAAGAGAGAGAGAGAGAGAUAGAGAGUGAGAGAACGGGGAAAACGAAUCUACCCCUGCUCUCGAAACGUGUUGUCACCUUCCCCACCAUCUCCUAAUGCAGAAAGCUUGCGCCCCAUGUAAGGACCCACGUGCGAACGAAGGGGACGGGAUAAUUCCUCGCUCGCGCGCGCGGGCGUGUGUGCGCGCGUGCGGCCCGAAACCCCACACCACCGACUCCAGUGUUCAAAACAAAAAAAAAAAUAUAAAAAAUAAACAAAUGACACCGAAGAAACAUCAUGGCGUCUUCGAACAGGCGCCGUCGUGUGUCCCCUCCCCUUGUCACUGCGGGCUCCUCCGGCUUCUGUUAGCGGACGAGUGAGACGGGAAAGGGGGGAGCCGGUAGGCGAUGGAAGCAACGGGGGAUCGUACCAGAUAAUACUAUAUUAAUUAUUAUUCGAUACAAUUAAUCGAGUACCGUACACGUAGGGCGAGGGUAAGUUAACAAACGUGCGUUUUACGAUUAAUCGCGAGUGCGGACGAGGACACUUGGAAGACGCUGAUUGUGGCGAACGGAGAACGACGGACAAGCUCGCGAAGAAAGCAUCAAGGACGAAGGACCGAAGGACAUUCACAGAGGCAGAGGAAGAGAGAGAGAGAGAGAGAAAGAGAGAAAGAGCGAGCGAGACAAAGAGAGAGACAAAGAACGUCUCGUGCGGCGGAAAGACUGUUCUGUUUCCUUUUCGUUCUUUUUUUUUUUUUAAAUCAAGGAUACCAAGUAAGCCAAUUUUCGUAUCUAAUUACCAUUAUACGGUACAUUAUUAAUGCGAGACGAUUGGGUAACGCGAUUCAUUUUUCCGACUUGUUACAUUCGCGCACCUGCACAUGUAAAUAUAUUUACACAAGUGCCGAUAAAGUGUUAAAGGUCGAAGUCGCGAAUGGCGUCUUGAUUACUUCAAGAUGAUAGGGAAACUAAUUUAUUGAUAACGUCCGUUCAUGAUGGUUAGAUAUCUGCGAAAAUGACGACGCAAGCGACUUCGAUGAUGUCGAUAUGGCUGCGAAAAUUAUUCUACUAAUGUCGGACUGCGCCCUCGCUGCUUGAAAUCGCUAAAAUUAUUUAAUGUAGCGUGGAAAAUAAUCUAGUUAUAACGAAAAAUCAAAGCAUUACUUAAACUAAUCGCCAUUUUUUAAGAGAAAUUGUUUAUCGACGUCCAAAUUACAGCACAACGUUACUGUUAUGAUUAAAAUCUCGUAUCGUAUGUACGAAUUGUCUGUUUACACUUAUACGAAACAUCCGAAACGGAAACGGGAAAUAGAAAUUAGUGUCCAGCAUUAAGUGACGAGGGUGUAUGUCCGUCCGGAUAGCGAAUUUAGAGAGGAUUCUCGAUAGAUCGAAUAUAAAGAUCGACGCCGGUGCGAGCGAUUGUAACGAUAAGAUGCGUCCGAAAAAUCAAAAUCCGAAGAUGUCUGCCGAUGGCGCGCGUUUACGCCCAAAUCACAUUCUCAGCCUUUCGAUGCGUACGGUUUGACAUUUCUGUCUUCGAUGUAUGCAAUAACGACUUCUCGAGCAUCGUGGGUGAUUGCUUGCACCAGGAGCAGAAUAAUGGAUGGUGACGAUUAGCAUGCAUAAGUAUGAAAGUACGCGUGUGUUAGAAAUAGCUCAUAUAUCGCGUUCUUCGUCUUUAUCGAAGCUCAAGGAUCAAAGGAAAUCACUGUGCGAUUCCUUACGGAACUAAAUUUUGAUUCUCGUCUCGAAGCUGCCAGAGGCAUCCCUUUGAUAACGGAGAAUAAAAACUCGAAACAAAAGUAAAAUGUCGGGGGAAAAAAAAAGCGUUACGAUAGCUGUUACGGCGUUCCUCUUCCUCUUCUGUGAAUAAAAUUUUUACGGUUUCUCAGUGUUCUAUAUAAAAGUGGUUUAUAACUUUAGAAAACGAUGUUUUAUGUUGCACGACGCGUUUAGAUGUUGACGAUAAAAGGAAGAUCUUGGGCUUUAAGUUAAACAGCGAGGAUAAUCCGUAUCAAAGAGGAAGAGGAAGGCACAUGGUAUCGAGACAAGCUUUAUUGUUCGAAGAACGAAUUGGCACGCCAAUCGAUCCUCGCACCUAAUCUUCCCAGAGAGACUUUACUAAAUCUCUUCGUCUCAAAGUUUCACCUCUUUUCCGUACGACGAAAGCACGUCGCAGAAUCGCCAAGACUGCCAUUACAUCGCUCUCGAUUUAUAUUGCGCCAAGGAGUUCACCCCAGGUAUAUCCUGCGGAGCCAAAUCGAUCCAAUCCGAUCUAUCCUCGAUGUGCUGAUUCGAUCUAAAUCCGACGAGAACCAAAGUCGAGUCGCGGAGCGUACUUUCGCUUGCGUUCACUUUCGCUAGGACUCAUGAUUACAAGAGGAAAGGAAUAUAUGUGUAAAAGAAAACGCAAGGUCCUCGUUCUACCUCCCAAAAGUUGCCGAUUUUCGAUCGUCGUUCGAUGGAGAGAGAGAGAGAGAAAAAAAAACGAAGCAGGGGUAAACCUUUUCAGUAUCCAUUCACCGUAUAUUGUGCGUUAGUUUUCAUCGGUUGGCAUAUGUUAAAGAUUUAAGCUUUGUUAUUAGUAAGAGCUAAUUAAAAAAUUUAUAAAGUGAUGGUUUUACUUAGAUCACUAUACUUAGUUUGGUACUGAAAGAGUUAACUGAUGCCGUUUAGAAUAAAAAAAAAAGGACGCAAGGACGUGUGAUUUAAAAAGCCGAUGCAUAAUGAAGAGACGAAACGAGAUGUAAGAGCAAGAAGCAAAUAAUUAGUCUGCCAAUAUUAAUGUAAAGAAUACAGAAGUAGUUGCCGAUAACACGUGAGAAAAUAGAUGUUAUUGAACGACAAAAUCCAACGGAAUAGUCCCAAUCUCAUUAUUGUCAAAUGUAAACGUGAGCAAAUAACGGAUAUUUAGAGAAGGCGUUUUAUUAGAAAAUAGACCACGAUCGAGAGGUCAGAUGUAUAGAGUAUCCUCCGCCUUUUAGGAUGGAAAUAGUUUCGCACCGUAAUUGGCUGGAGAAAAGGUGUGCUGACCGCAUUAUAUUCGCGAUAUAUCUACUCUGUAUUCGCUGUUCGAUGUAUCGUUCAUUGUUUGCUCGUAAUCGGCGACUGGCGACGCCAGUUUACGCUUCUUGUUCUUAUAUUUCAUUUUGUGUCGGCCGUUUUAAGCGUGUAAUCGAUUACACGGCAUACGAUGAAGCAAGCAACCGACCCAAAAGAAAAAAAAAAGAAAGAGAAAAUAAUUAAUUCGAUUUCAGUAGAUAAUCUUAGAAACGAUUUUAACAGACGGCUAAUCUCGUCUUUUAAUAAACACAAAUGUCGACGAUGGUGAAACUUUAGUCCAUGCUAUGAGAGAGACUGAUUGCGAGAAAGAGAGAGAAAGAGUGGAACAAAAGAAUGUGUGUGCGUGUGUGUGUGCGUAUGUGUAUGAAAGACAGCGGGAGAUAAUGAGAUAAAGGUAUAACGAGAUAUUAUUGAUACAAUAAUUACACGGAGGUUUACGUUACACGCUUUUAAUACAAUACUCGAACCUCUCGCCUCGCUGAUUUAGUCCGAGAAAAGAAGUAUAGAAGUAAUAAAAAAAAA